CUGAGACAUCCCACUCGGCCCGAGAUCCCUCCCCUGGGAACCUCAACAGGUGUCACUAUAUCCUGUCAACUUACUCCAAGCCUGGGAAUGGGGAUCCUGGGCGCAAAGCGAAAUGAGUUGAGACGCAGCUUUGCAGUUAUCAAGUCCGAGGUAACCCUGGUAAAUGCCAGCCCUACAGCAGACAAAUCAAAUGCCGGUUUUCAGGUACAUCCCUGAGGCUUUCUCAGCUCCAUCUAACAUGGUUUGCACCUGAACCUUUCUUGAGAUAUGAAGUCGGCAGUGAUUUCUCACUUCAGCAUGAACACAGGUCUCUGCAAACAUUCUUCGACAUCUUCACUUCCAGUCAAGUUCACAAUAGCACGUCUCUCCGCCACAGUCAACUUCUUCCCGUUCCAUCUGGGCCGUCCCACCUUCACCUGUUCCUCCAAGAAAACACCACGUCUAUAGCGCAUCCUCCACCGAGCACCAUGGCCACUGCCAUCAAGAAUGUCGCUAUUGCAGGCGCUUCUGGCACCCUGGGCUCUGUGCUCCCUGAUCGCCCUGGUAGACGCCGCCGAAGUCGCUGGCGUGAAGCGUAUCAUCCCGUAUCAACUCAGCUCUGCUCCCCACAACCCCAAGAUCUGCUGCCCGUCUACGGGCCCAAGGUCAAGUCCAGCUUAUCUUCCCAGCUCAACUACACUAUGUAUGAGCCUAACCUUAUCAAUGGCGGAGAUCAGCUAUUCAGCGUCACCGCUUUGUCCAGAGUGACCGACGCCGUGACUGGCACAGGGCUGCUGGACAUAGAGACUUUAGCACCCUGUCUCUUCCGAGCCAUCAUGGAUCCUGCUUGUGGUGGCAAGUUCGAGAAGACGGAUAAUGAUCUGCUGGGCAUCAAGGGCAUUUUGGAGGAGGACAUAGUUGAGAUUCUGAGGCCACUACUAAAGUAG